UCGAAGACGAAGAUGGCUGAUCCGUUGAAACAAAUAUGCGACGAACUAGGAGUCUGCACAGAAGAAGCGCUCUUCUACCUGGAAGGAUUCCGAUGGGAUCUAAACGCAGCGACGGAGGCUUGCCGUAGCAAAACAUUACCGUCGUCGGAGAACGAGAGAACCGCGGCGGAGGAACAAAGGAGAAACGAUAAGAUCGCGAGAUUCGUAGUCGCAACAGGAGCGACUGUAAAGGAAGCAAGAUAUUACCUCAGCCGCGAAAACUGGAACGUAGACAAUGCCUGCCUCUCUUUCUUGGCAUUAUCACACGACGAUCAUACUGAGGGGAGUUCGAAUGAGCCGUGGUAUCUGCACGGGUUCUCAGGGAAUGAACGACCGGACACGACGCAUGACGUUUUGAGUAAAGUGCCGCAGUUUCAUAAUACCUCGACGAAUCUCAGAAUCGGGAGCCCUCCUCCUUCUGCUAGGACGCCACCGCUUGAAUUGAAACCGGAAAGUAUAAAACGAUUCCGCGAUGUUGUCUCUGAUGCCUCUUCACAAGCCGUAAUCGAUUGCCUCAACGACUGCAAGGGGAAUGCAGAACACGCCAUCCAAUAUUUCUAUGAGGUUUACAGUCUAAAGAAUGAAACUCCCCCAGAAAGUUUACCUGAUGAGAUCAAGGAAGAGCGCAUCGCUUCAUUCUCUUCCAUGACUGGAGAGACUAGACAUGUUGCAAAAGUUUACCUGGAAAAGUUUAUGUGGAAUCUAGACCAAGCCAUCGACUAUUUCUUUGAACCUAGUGACCCCUCGGAGACACAAAAGUCACUUGAAGUGGCUGGUGAAGGAGACGUCACAGUGGCUAUACCUGGGAUGGCGUCAUCUCAAGUGGAUGGUAAGGCUGUAGAGGAAGGUUCAAGCACGGAGACAGUCCCUGAUCCUUUUGCUAACCGAGACAGGAGGACAACUGUGGAGACUCAAGCUGCGCCGAGUACUAUUACGUUAACUAUCAACUUGGCAGAUACGUCUGGGGCAUCGCUGGAGCUUCCUUUUAGAUCAAACCAAACCUUAAGAGACAUCCGCAAUGCUAUUGACCAGCGAUAUCCAGAUAACGACAGGGGCUACGUUUUGCAAUCGGGGGAUGGAGUAGACUACAUGGAUUGGAAUGUAACUGUAUACAGAGUUUCUACUCGUGGUACAGUUCUCUUCCAGAUCAACCCCUAGCUUUUGUUUUUGUACAGUUUUCCAGUGACUGAUGAAACAGAGAAAGAGAGAGAUGGAAAGAGGAUUCAUAUAGACGUUGAAAAGGAUUCUUGCUUUGUAUAGGA